GGGUGACCUAUUGACUGAUCCAUACGCACUACUAUGGAGUGGCUUUGGAUCGCCGUGGCAACAUGUGUGCUCCCGUCCUGCUCUGUCAAAGGUGAAGACUGGUGGUGGAAGUAUGAGCAGGGGAUACGACACUACAGCCAGGAGGCCCUCAAUAAGGAGUUUCCAGAGAAAACUCGGCCUGUGAGCUUCAAACAUCCUGUUUUCCAUUGCCCAGACAUGAGCCCCUCUCCCUCCAUCCCCUCUUCAGUUGAAUUUGUGAAGGCGGCAGAUAUCAAAGUCAUCGCUGCCUUGGGGGACUCUCUGACAACAGCUAUAGGGGCUAAUGCCACCACUGUGCUUGGGAUCCCCAUAGAAUUUCGCCACGUGUCUUGGAGUAUUGGAGGCUAUGGGACAUUUCAAGAUGUCAUAACUUUGGCAAAUAUCAUCAAGCUAUUCAAUCCCAAUCUUCUUGGUGCUGCUCCUGGAAAGACGGUUCAUGGCAUGCAGGGUCAUAUCAGUGAAACCGGCUUCAAUCUGGCCGUGACAGGACACAACACGUUCAACCUCCCCAGCCAGACGAGACAUUUGAUUGAUACACUGAGAACUUAUGAGGGUCUGAACUUUGAAGAGGACUGGAAGCUUUUGACUAUUCUCAUGGGCAUGAAUGAUAUCUGCGAUUACUGCAAAGAUAAGGGUCUUUUUUCAGUGGAUAACUUCAUUCACUAUAUUACCGUCUCUCUGGAAAUGCUAAUGAACGAGGUGCCCCGUAUGAUCGUUAACGUGGUUCAGAUCCUCCCCAUGCACACUUUGAGGGAGGUGCAAAAGCCCACCCCGGGGUGCCUCCUCCAGCGGUCUUUCUGCUCGUGCCUGAUAGAACCAGUUGCCAAAUCGCCUGAACUGCUGGAGCUGGUGGAGGUCAACCUGGAGUUUCAGAAAAGGCUUGAGGAGCUGCUGUACAGCGAUCGCUUCUUCAAGAAAAACUUCGCCGUCGUUCUCCAGCCCUUCUUGAAGUACGCAGACCCUCCCCGCCUCCCGAACGGGAAGAUCGAUAUGACUUUCUUCACUCACGACUGCUUCCACUUCACCAUAAAGGGACACGAGGAGCUGGCCAAGGGACUGUGGAACAACAUGUUUCAACCUGAGGGGGGAAAGAUGGUUGUGAGCAGUUUCUCUGAUCCCAUCAGCCUCGUCUGUCCACCGAUAGAACAUCCGUACAUCUUCACCCGCCCGCUUGCAGCCAAGUCAGGCCAUCUUCCCCGUCACUCCGAAGCUCCAUCACUGGCUGUCUUCUUCCUGUUGACCUUCUUCCAUAUGAAUUUAGCAUAUUCUGGAUUUAUUUAGUUUUUGUUUUUGUUUUCAGUUUCUUUUUUUUUUUUCUUUUUUUUUUUUACAAUGUUGGAUUAACUGGUUUUUACCUGAAACAGUUGAUAAAUGGCCACGGUUAAGCUACUCUUUCAGCCAUAAACACCUGCAGUUUUAAGAUGUAGACUCCUUUAAAUGAUAUCACAAAGAACUGCAAUCUAAAUAUUAGAUUAUCAGCAGUUCUUGGAGAUGGAGGUGAUGGAGAAUUUUAGUUGUUGUUGGUGAUAAGAUGAUCGUUUAUCUUUAGCAGAAAGUAUUACAUUAGGUUUAAUGAAUCACCCCUUCUCGAACAUGGUGUAUUAAUUAGAAUACAUUCUUGUCAUGACUUUUUUUUUUUUUUUUUCUCUCACUCUUACAACAUGGGAUCCAGGGACUAGUAUACUGUAUUUGUAUUUUUACAGCCUGGAGCAGCUUAAAUGAUAUUUUAUUGCUUUACAGACAUUUCAGAUGUUGUUUUAGUGGAACAUAAAGUAAUAAUUCUGAACUGUUAAUGUGACAUUUAUACAUUCAUACAUAAAACAAUAAACUAU